AUGUUAAACCACCUUGCUUGGACAACAACAAUAUUGUUAUUGGCAAUCUACUGCUUUGUGCGGCCCGUAUCGGGCUUGAGACAUCCUAAAAUUGUAAGUUUGUGAAUUUUUGUUACCUAAAUUAUUAUAAUCUUUUAAAAACUUUCGCAAAUUUUAACUUUUGGCAAUAAAAAAUGUACCUAAAAAGCUAGUUUUUUUUAAACAGUCCAAACAGCCUAAAAUAAUAUGUUUCUUGGUGUUUUUUAUUAAGAUAAGUAAAGCCUCAGGUCUGAGGAAUAUAAAAACUGUUUCAGAUCAUUGAUGAAAGCAAGCUGGACGAGAACAGGAGUGUUGUUAUUGAUGGAGAGCGGAUCUUUGUGCCAAAAAAGCUGCCAAAAUUGACGAAAAUUGAAAAGUACGCUUUACUUCGACAGGAAGGCAUUGAUCCUUAUUUGAGAAAGCGACGAACUGGUAAACCUACACUUUUCUUAAGCUUAAAAUUUCAUUUUUAAAUCAAAAAUUCAUUUUUAAACCUAAAAUUCUAUUUUUAAUCCUAAAAUUUUGUUUUUAGCCUAAAGUUAGGUUUACGCCUAAAAUGUGAUGUUUAGUUUUGAUUUUUAACCUAAAAUUUAAUUUUUCAUCAUAUUUCAGCUUCAAAACCCCGUCGCUCCUUGCUGGACCUCAAUCUUCUUUCUGACAAGCCCUGGCGAAUUCAAAACACUCCUUCCAAGCAUGAAUUCCCUCUUCUGAAGGCUCCGUUAAUGUCUGCUGAUCCACACAAUUGUCCAGAACAUUUUGAUGCCAUCACUGAGGGUAGGAACCAUCGUACCUACAUAUUCGCUGGUGAAUAUGUUUAUCAGAUUUGGAGAGAGAAGGGCUUGCAACAGAGGGCCGGCUACAAGAUUAGUGAUUUGUUCUUGGAUGGGCCAAGACGAGUGAACGCGGCCAUGACAAAUCUGAAGAGCGGAGUGACAGUUCUUUUCGAUCAUAGGAAGGUGUAUCGAUUCAGAUGGAGCGACAAGGUGCAGCGAUUCAGGGUAAGAUAGGGUUUAUGAUUUGGUACUUUUAGUUAUAAUAUGUUAAGGUACUUUUGGUUACGCCUAGAGGACAAGAUGUAGGCGUGAACGUUGGUCUACAGGGCCGGGCCAAAGCAAAUUUAAAAGGGGCUGGACAGGGCAGGGACAUGUGGGCUUAUAGGCUUAGGUCCAAACCAAAGCAAGGCCUAGAAGUUGGGCUCGGCUUCUUUAGAUAUGUACACGCCGACAAGGGCAGAGUAUGAAAAUGAAAUUUAAAAACAAAUUUUAGCCAGCCAGGAACAGUCCACAACAAUUGAACCAGAACAUCACUUUUGUACCUAGACUGGCGUUCCAAUGGAAAGAUGGAAACAUCAUCAUAUCUGAUGUAAGUUUGUUAAAAAAUAGUGUUAGAGGGAUUAAAUGUAGAUAAACAUUGUCAUAUUGUUAUGUGUUUAGGGCCAGAAAUUUGUGACAUACGAUCCAUAUUGGAAUGUAGCCACAUUCAAGGGUAAUAUCACUGAUUACUUUCCGAAUAUCCCAAGAGACGCGAUUGGACUAGCUCAUAAUGGUCGUUCCGCCUUUUUGUUGCUGACUUGGCACAAUGGUCUCCAGGUGAGUUCAGUUUAACGCCUAAGGGGGAAAAAUCAAGCAGGACUGGACUGUACUGGACUUGAGAAAUCAGGGUUGAUUAGUGAUGAGUGACAAAGCAGGAUUGAUUGGGUAGGAUAAUUUAUGGUAUUAUGAGGGUAGAGUAGGGCAGGUACCGAAUAGAAUAUGGGUACGAUUAGUCCGAUACUCCGAUGUCCUAAGGUAUAGUAGGGCAGGGCAAGACAAGAUAAAGCAAGAAAGGCAGGAUAGGGUAUGGUUGCGUAGGGUUUGGUAAGGUAAGGUAGGGUAGAGUAGGGUAGGUUAGGGUAGGGUAAAGUAGGGUAGAGUAGGGUAUGGUAGGGUAGGGUAGGGCAGGGUAGGGCAGAGCAGAGUGGAUUAGAGUAAAGUAGAGUAUAAAAUUUUAAAAUUUCAGAUUUAUGAUAUGAAGAAGUUCAAGAUUGUUCAAGAAUACCCAAUCUCAAUCAAUGAUUAUGUGGCGUGUUUGGUUGAAUUCAAGAAGCACAACUCUAUUUUACUCAAAAAACCUUUGAAAAUCUCAGAAUUUUCCUCUGUAAAACGUGUUUGA